CCAAAAGGCAGAAUGACUUCCCAUUUUCCUCACAUUCACUGAUUCACACCCAAUUUUCGAUUGGAUUCUAUUCGUUCCUCUGCGCAAACAUAUCUGUUUCACUCUGAACCACCGGCGGCGACGAAACAAAAUUGGCGGGGGGAGUGGCGCUUCAUGAAAUUGGAGCACAAUGGCCAGCUAUUUAGGAAAAGGAGUCCCCACGAAUGGGUCUGUCUACGUUUGUAACUUGCCUUUUGGAACCGAUGAGAAUAUGUUAGCUGAACACUUUGGUACCAUUGGCUUGCUGAAGAAGGACAAACGAACUGGGAGUCCCAAGAUAUGGUUAUACCGUGACAAAGUGACAAAUGAGCCAAAAGGAGAUGCUACUGUCACAUAUGAGGACCCACAUGCUGCAUUGGCUGCUGUUGAGUGGUUCAACAAUAAAGAUUUUCAUGGAGCCACAAUUGGAGUCUUUCUCGCCGAGUCAAAGAGCAAAGGUGACUCAGGGAAUCAUGCUGGCGAUCAAAUUCUUGGAAGUGAUCUUAGUGGGCUGGAGGAAGGAGCUAGUGAUGUGAAUGAUGGGGGUGGAAGAGGUAAAGGGCGAGGCGAUGCUUCUGGGAAGCCAUGGCAACAAGAGGGUGAUUGGCUGUGUCCGAAUACAAGCUGUACCAAUGUAAACUUUGCUUUCCGAGGUGCAUGCAACCGAUGUGGAACUGCCCGUCCUGCUGGUGCCUCUGGUGGUGGUUCAGGGGGUGGUGGCCGAGGAAGGGGCCGCGGGGGCCAGGAUUUGGGAGGCAAUACUCGUGCAGUUGGUGCUGCUGGUGGAGGGCUUUUUGGUCCAAAUGAUUGGUCUUGUCCAAUGUGCGGCAACAUUAACUGGGCAAAGCGCAUGAAAUGCAACAUCUGCAACACAAAUAAACCUGGUCAUACUGAGGGCGGUGUGAGAGGAGGACGUGGUGGAGGCUACAAAGAACUUGAUGAAGAAGAAAUAGAAGAGACUAGGAGGCGCCGAAGAGAGGCCGAAGAAGAUGAUGGUGAAAUGUAUGAUGAGUUUGGCAAUCUUAAGAAAAAAUUCCGUGCAAAAACUCAGCAAGCUGAAGUGGCUACAGGCACUCAUGGCGUUGGGCGUGUGGGUUGGGAGGUUGAGGAACUAGGCGCAGGUGACAGGGAUAAAAGAGAAAGAAGCAGAGACAGAGGAAGGGAGCGAGACGAUAGGGAGAGGGAUAGGAAGCGGAGUAGGAGCCGGGAACGGGAUAGACAUAGAGAUAGAGAUAGAGAUCGUGGUUAUGACUACGAUCGAAACAGAGAAUAUGGACGGGAGCGAGAUCGUGACAGGGAUCGCAGCAGCAGGUAUCGCAUUUGAGUAAUAUAUCAAACCGUCAGGAAGAAUUUAUUGCGUGUGUUUGUGGACAAGAAUGUCUUGGAAUUAGCUUAACCAGAAAAAGGAUGUCAAUUAAUUUUUAAGUACUUUUAAAAUCAACAGUCUCUUACGGAUGGCUAAAGUGGAUCCAGGCUUUGAAUGAAUAAAUGGAUUUGGAACCAUGUAUUUACGUU